UACUACUGAAGCAAACCAGUUCUUUUCAGAGGUGGAAAAAGCGUUAUUUCAAACUUCGAGGUCGUACCCUUUACUAUGCUAAGGAUUCAAAGUCUCUAAUAUUUGAUGAAGUUGACCUGUCAGAUGCCAGCGUAGCUGAAUCGAGCACAAAAAAUGUCAACAACAGCUUCACGAUAAUCACUCCAUUUAGGAGGCUAAUAUUGUGUGCUGAGAACAGAAAAGAAAUGGAGGACUGGAUAAGCUCUCUGAAGUCCGUUCAGUCCAGAGAACACUAUGAGACCGCACAGUUUAAUGUGGAACAUUUCUCAGGGAUGCAUAACUGGUACGCCUGCUCCCAUGCCCGACCUACCUUCUGUAACGUGUGUAGAGAGAGCCUCUCUGGAGUCACUUCUCACGGCCUGUCUUGUGAAGUGUGUAAGUUUAAAGCACAUAAAAGAUGUGCUGUGCGAGCAACAAAUAACUGCAAAUGGACUACAUUAGCCUCAAUUGGAAAAGACAUCAUUGAAGAUGAAGAUGGUAUAGCUAUGCCUCACCAGUGGUUAGAGGGUAAUCUGCCCGUCAGUGCCAAAUGCGCAGUCUGUGACAAGACUUGUGGCAGUGUUUUACGCCUGCAAGAUUGGAAGUGCCUUUGGUGUAAAGCUAUGGUUCACACUGCCUGUAAAGAUCUGUAUCCUCGUAAAUGUCCACUUGGCCAAUGUAAGGUAUCGAUCAUACCUCCAACAGCACUAAACAGUAUAGACUCUGAUGGUUUCUGGAAAGCCACAUGCCCGCCAUCCUGUGCCAGUCCUCUUUUAGUUUUUGUUAACUCAAAGAGUGGAGACAAUCAGGGAGUAAAGUUUCUUCGUCGAUUCAAACAGUCGUUAAAUCCAGCUCAGGUGUUCGAUUUAAUGAAUGGAGGACCUCACUUAGGUUUGCGGUUAUUUCAGAAGUUUGACAACUUUAGGAUUCUUGUGUGUGGCGGCGAUGGAAGCGUGGGUUGGGUCUUGUCAGAAAUUGAUAAGCUCAGCUUGCACAAACAGUGUCAGUUAGGAGUGUUACCCCUUGGUACUGGAAAUGACCUUGCUCGUGUCCUUGGUUGGGGAGGAUCCUGUGAUGAUGAUACACAACUUCCUCAGAUUUUGGAGAAACUAGAACGAGCCAGCACGAAAAUGUUAGACAGGUGGAGUAUAAUGUCAUAUGAACUGAAAUUACCAGCAAAGCCUUCUAUUCUUCCAGUGACUACAGAAGAGUCGGAGGAAUGCCAGAUAUCUGCUUAUGAGGACUCAGUUGCUGCUCAUCUUGCAAAAAUUCUCAAUUCUGAUCAGCACUCAGUUGUCAUAUCAUCUGCCAAAAUAUUAUGUGAAACUGUAAAGGACUUCGUUGCCAAAAUAGGGAAGACUUAUGAAAAACCAAUGGAAAAUGCAGAGGAAGCUGAUGCCAUGGCUAUUAAAUGCUCAGAGUUAAAUGAGAAGCUAGACCUAUUGCUCCAGGCUCUUCACACAGAAGCCCAGGCUACUCCCAUCCUCCCAGCUAUCUCUCCCCCCAUUGUGGAAGAAGAAGCAGAGGAGUUUUCGAGUGAAGAAUCCUUGUCUGAAAGUAAAGAGCAAUUAGCAGAGUGUGUCUCAAAGUCUUCCACCCAGAAACUCUUCAAACCGAGGGAACAGUUAAUGCUCCGGGCAAACAGCUUGAAGAAGGCUGUGAGGCAGAUCAUUGAACAAGCAGAAAAAGUUGUGGAUGAGCAGAAUGCUCAUAGUGAAGAACAAGUGAACCAGUCCCCACUAGAAUAUAGCAAAGAAUUGGAUGAAUCCAAAGAAGAGGAAAAAGAGGAAGAUACAAAGGAACUUGAGUCGCCAUCAAUUAAAACUGCACCAAGAUCUCCUGAUCGACGUGCAAGCCGAGGUAUCCAUUCUCAGACGGGCUCUUUUUCUGCUCCAGCUUUGGCUGCAAGCAAGGAAAACCUCCCAGUGCUUAACACUAGAAUUAUCUGCCCAGGUUUGAGGGCUGGUCUAGCUGCUUCUAUUGCAGGAAGUUCAAUUAUUAGCAAAAUGUUGCUAGCAAACAUCGAUCCGUUUGGUGCUACGCCGUUUAUUGACCCAGAUCCAGAUUCACUGGAGGGAUAUUCAGAAAAAUGUGUCAUGAACAACUACUUUGGAAUUGGGUUAGAUGCAAAAAUUUCACUAGAAUUUAAUAACAAGCGAGAAGAGCACCCUGAAAAGUGCAGAAGUCGGACGAAAAACAUGAUGUGGUAUGGAGUUCUUGGCACAAAAGAGCUACUGCAGAGAACUUACAAGAACUUAGAACAAAAAGUUCAACUUGAGUGUGACGGACAGUACAUCCCCCUUCCAAGUCUGCAGGGCAUAGCUGUGCUAAACAUUCCCAGCUAUGCUGGUGGGACUAAUUUCUGGGGUGGAACCAAAGAAGAUGAUAUAUUUGGGGCUCCAUCAUUUGAUGAUAAAAUCUUAGAAGUUGUUGCGGUAUUUGGCAGCAUGCAGAUGGCAGUUUCAAGAGUCAUCAAACUGCAGCACCACAGGAUAGCUCAGUGUCGGUCAGUAAAGAUCACCAUACUUGGUGAUGAAGGGGUUCCAGUGCAAGUCGAUGGAGAGGCAUGGAUCCAGCCCCCGGGAGUGAUUAAGAUCAUACAUAAAAACAGAGCUCAGAUGUUAACACGAGACAGAGCCUUUGAAAACACCCUGAAGUCUUGGGAAGACAAACAGAAGUAUGAUUCCUGUAAGCCUGUCAUUCGAUCUCCCUUGUACCCUCAGCAGGCGGUUGAGUUGGCUACAGAAGAAGAAGUUGCACAGAUCCAGCUGUGUUCACAAGCUGCAGAAGAACUUAUUACCAGAAUCUGUGAAGCAGCAAAAAUACAUGGCCUCUUGGAGCAGGAGCUUGCUCAUGCCGUUAAUGCAUGUUCACAUGCAUUAAAUAAAGCCAACCCAAGGUUUCCUGAGAGCCUUACCAGAAACACUGCCAUGGAGAUAGCUGUCAAUGUGAAGGCCCUGCAUAAUGAAACUGAAUCUCUGCUAGUAGGAAGAGUUCCUUUGCAGUUAGAAGCUCCCCAUGAAGAGCUGCUGUCUGAUGCUUUGCACAGUGUGGAAAUAGAGUUGAGAAAACUUGCUGAGAUACCAUGGCUUUAUUACGUUUUUCAACCAAAUGAUGAUGAGGACCCCCCUCUGGAUUAUGCUAAAAGAAACAACAGAAGUACAGUGUUUCGCAUAGUGCCAAAGUUUAAAAAAGAAAAAGUUCAGAAGCAUAAGACCAGCCCUCAGCCUGUUCAAAAAUGGGGCACAGAUGAAGUUGCUGCUUGGCUGGAUCUGCUCAGUUUGGGAGAGUACAAAGAAAUCUUCAUCAGCCAUGACAUCCGAGGCUCUGAGCUUUUACAUCUGGAAAGGCGAGAUCUUAAGGACCUGGGGAUAACGAAAGUGGGUCAUAUGAAGCGAAUUCUCCAGGGAAUUAAAGAGCUCGGCAAGAACACCCCUUUGUCUGAAGUGUGAUUAUGCUGGUGCUCUCCCUAGAGAGCGAAGGGAAAGUUGCUGGAGAAGCAAAGCUGUUGCAGGCACUUAGCUGUCUUUGUAGUUUACUCUAUGGAAGAAUAAGCACCGGUGUGUUUGUACAGGCUAGUAUCUCUGAAUUCUUGUAUGGUGAAGAGCUUGCUGCAAGCGUACAAAAGGAUUUGUGCCAAAAAAAAAAAGAAAAGGUGGUAUGUUCUGUGAAGACGUUUUCUUGGUGUGCAAACUUGGCCAGUUCAGAUAAGCACAUUUUGGUAAAUCGAUUGGUUUAUGGUGAACUGCACUGACUGGAAAAUAUAAUCGAGAAAUGAUUGCUUUGCUUACAUGCAGCUCAGUAUGCCUCUCUUUACACUGCAGCAAGAUACCACUGUACAGCAUGAGGUUAUCCGGUUAUCCUUCCGAGGCACAGCUUCAUAAAACCUCCCGUGCAGGAGACCGAGAGGUUUUGGUGGUUCAACACGUGAGCCUAGCAGUGCCGCAGGUACCCAGCACUCACCGGCCACGCAGAAUGGGGGAGAGAUACCUUGUGAUACCAUGAAUGCAAACUAUAAUGCAUGGUGUGCCUGCCUGAAUCGUCUGUUGUUCUGUUGCAUGACACAUCUGAUACUUUAAACACUUGAACAACUUUUAUAUCAGUUUGAAUGAGAUUUAAUUUAUUACUACUUGAGUGUCUUUUUUUUUUUUUUCCAGUUUCAGGCACUUUUCUAUUCUUCAGUGUUGUCUUAUGCCUAAAAUGUGUUCUACGGCAGAGGAUGUGUGGGUGUGGAAACUUAGCAUUUGUGCCAUAUUCAGCAGAUUAUAUGCAUUAUAUAUGAUUGAAACACUGUACAGUUAGAUUUUUAAAUAUACCAUGUACAGAAGGUAUAUCAGGUAACUAACUUAUGAGUAUUUUUGAAAGACCGGUACCUCACAAAAAUAUCAAUUGGCUUCCUGCAUGGAAAAUGAUAAAGAAUUUUCUCAUGGUGCAUUUUAAUGUAGUUAUUCAGUUAUCUUAAACAUCUGUAGCAUAUUUGAAUUUUUAGGCACUAAUGGUUUUAUUUAUUCUAUUAUUCAAAAAGCAGGUUGAAAGAUUAAUGAAAAAUUUUUACAGGAAAAUUCAUGUUAGUUAUCAUACAUAGGAAGAGUUUUAAAAUGUAGCAGCUGAUUUGAUUUUUGUGGGGUAAGCUUUUACUCAUUACUAACUUACUAUUAAUUUAAAAAUGUCUCUGUAUGCGUUUCUUUACAAAGUCAUCAAUUUGUUUCUUGUCAGCACUCCUACAUCAGUAGAUCAUAAAAAUUUAAAAAACAAACUCUAAGGUUUUACACUAUGCAUGCAAAGAUGAAUCACGUGCAAGAUAGUAAUCCAUGAGUGUAAACAGGUUAAAAAAUGAAAAACAUCUUUGUUUAGAAAUUGCGUUAGACCAGAACUUGUAAGGUUAUUUACAGUUUACUUAAACAAAGCAUAGCUUCAUAAUUGAAUUUCCUGGUUAAUUUUUCACAAAAAUGUUAAUCUAGUAGAAAAAUAAUUUGCAUAUAUCUACAAAAAAACCUACUCAAAUGUUUGAGAUGAGAUGAUAUUGCACCACCUGCCAGAAAACUUGCACAGAAUCGCUUUCUCCUUGCUGUUCCUAACAAUGCGUCAUUGCGGCAUGAGGAACACUUGACUUUUCCUUAAUCGAGUAGGUUUGACAUUUCUUACAGAUUAAAGAGUAUCUUAAUAUCUAUUUAUGUUUUCCUGGUAGGCAGCAGAGUAAGGUUUCGUUUGUUUCUUCCAAAGCUUAUUUUCCCCGUUUAAAGGGGCCAACGUCAAGUACUGCAUCCUGGUUUUGCCCUCCCUUUCUCAUGAGCAUGAUGAGAGUCGUCCCUUGGAAAGUAGAGGGGAAUCGUCUCUUGGAAAGUAAAAUCUAUUCCCCUCAUUGUUUUAUUGCAAAAAAAAUUCAAAAGGAGCAAAAUAGGCUUUGUUUAUAUCCAAUUAUAGUACUAUGUGCUCUUGCUGCUGUAGGUUCAACAAGCACCACUCUGGGAGCUCUGUGGACAUAAUUGAUUAUUCUGGUAAACAAACAAAAGUAAAAGGCUGUGUUCCAUUAGGUUUUCCAUAAAAAACAAACCAAAAUCCCUUUACCAAGUGACAUGAUUUUCAUGCUGUUAUAUGAAAAGCAUAUGCAAACAAUGGAAAGAUUAUAUAUUUUUUUUAAUGUACUUGACAUUGACCCCUUUAAUAAUGUUCAGAUGGCAUCCGUCAAAUCUUCGCAAGUUACAUUUCCUUUUCUCUUUGUUCUCCGUAAGCUAUGCUAUAUUUUGAUGUGUGGCAGCAUUCUAAUAUAUCGAUGUUACAGUAGACUACGUCGUUAAUCUUCCUGGUCGAUUCAAGGACAUAAUACAUGGAAGAACUUUCUUUGCUUUCCUGAUUGUAGGAUACACUCUCUUUACAACUUUCAGCCUUGCUGUAUGCAGUGUGUUAAGAUGGGCUAUGGAACAGGAUCUCUUCAGGUCGCUGUAGAGGUCUGCGCUGAGUAUAUUAAAAAAUGGGAGCUGCUUUUAUGCAAGGGAAAAUAGGCAAGUGGUGUUUGUAAUGCAACGUUCCUAUGGCACUCCUCAAAUUACCUCAGUAUAGGACAACUGAUCACUUGUCUUUGUAUAGUUCAUUUUUUUUAAAUGACCACCAAAGAAUUUAACUUUGAUUGUCCUAAGCAGAAGUUUUUUUAAACGUGCAAGUAGGAAAAAAAUUGUAAGCAUCAUUUAUGCUGUAUUUAUUAGAUGCCCAGGAGAGCAAAUUUUAUGCAACUCUCUGCCUUAGACUAGUGUUGGCUAUCAAAUCCAAAUGCGUCUGACAAGGAGGCUCAAAAUAUUUUACAGGGUUUCUCUGCCGAGGUCAUGGGUCGUAACUGUGUUUAGUGAUGUGGCUUUUCUACAGAAAGACUUUUGAACACAGUGUUACUAUCUCAUGAUUAUUGUAAUUUCCAAGUAUUGUUUUUUUUUUCCUUACUGCUGUAAAAGUCCCAGCUCCUAGAACUAAGGACAUACAUAGCUACCUUUUUAAUGAACUGAAUUCUUUAUAAUUUAAUCCUGAUGUUUAAAGUGCUUCAAAGCAUACAUCCCAAUAUUUCAACGAAAAUAAGGUAAACACAUCCCCUAAAAGUAGUUAGUUUUUUAGAAAACAAGUUAUCCCAAUAGAUCUUGUGGCGCCCGAUUCAACAUGCCAGAUUCAUCAAGACAAAAAAUCACUAUACAAAGUUUACUGGAUGAAUUUUUUGCCCCUAGUCGAAUACUCUUAAUUUCCGUGGUCAGUCAGCAUACCUUAAAAUCUGAAAGGAAUAUAGAGCAAUUGGCAUUUUUUUGAAGUGGCUGGUAUUCAUAUAGGUGAAAUGCCCUACACCUCAGGAAGAGGAAGAGGAGAAAUGCAUGUUUUAAAAUGGCAGCAGAUUGCUAAGAGCAUGUUUCUGUUUUGUCAUUUUUGAAUAGGAUUUUUCCAGUUCACUGUAUUCAAUUGCUGUAGCAACCUCUGAUUUGGGUCAUGCAAGUGUUGCCUUUAUAAUGCCUAAUGCCUCCUUCUUAGAAACUGAAUGAAAUCAGGCAAACUCGUGGUUGCAGGUGUUGGGGUUUUUUUACAAUACUUUAAAGAAAAAACUUGUUCAAAAAUGAAAUUUUUUAUAUGAUGGCAAUUGCAAAUUUUCCUUAUGAUACAUUUUUAUGUAUUUCCCCUUAACCACUAUUUUUUCUCUUGAACAUCUCUUUCUUUCAAAGAAAAAUAUUUUAAACUUGGAAGAACAGUAAAAUGUAAAGUGUGUGAUCAAAAACCCUCCCAGACUAUUUCAAUCCAGUAUUUCUUACUUUGGGACUGGAGUAAACAUGCUUGGUCCUGUAAAUAAUAAAUAGAAAUCAUCUUUCUCUCUCCAUUCCUGCCCAAAGAAAUUCAUACUGCAAUGUUGUAUAACUGUAAUGCGAACAAGAACAACUGGUUUUUUUAUAAUGGCCCAUUUCAUAUUUUCCUAUGCUUUUUGUAGAGAAAUAGAUAACCUGCCAGUUUUGAGUUUUUAAUUGAACUCAGCGAUGCUAAUUCACUUAAUGAAAAUUUCAUAAUGCCUUCGUAAUGAACAGAUCUUAUUUCAAGGGUAAAAUUAUCAGUGUUUUUCAAUGCAUCUAGUCUUCCUUUUGGGAAGACUGGCAGGAGACCUUUUUCACAUGUAAUGGAAAACUAAUACAUAAAGCAAAUAUGAGAGGAUGUUCCAUAGUCCUACUUUAAAAAUAGAUGUAAAACUACGUAUUACACAUAGAUAAUUCCACAAUGGACAUGUAAGACAAAAACCCCCGCAGUGAUUCCAUUUUGCUCGAUGCUUCCUAUUAAUGAUUGCAUUACUAAUGUUUACUACUGGUUCUCCAUUGUUCUCUCUGUGCCUCUAAGUAUUAUGUUCUUGCAUAUAAGUUUGACAGCUCUGGUAACGAAUAAUUAGCAUUGCAAAAAGUCUUUGUGAAAGCUGAAGUCACAAGUGAUGUAUAUUGUUGAGGAUAACCGAGCUGGAGCAAUAUAUUUAGCUUACAACCAGGAAAUCAUCUUGUCACUCGUGUGAGAGCCACAGAAAAGUACAUAAUUAUAAAUUUAUUUUUUCACCCCAAUAACAUAAGUACCUCUCAACUGCAGCGUCCUGAGUGUUACAUUUAUACCACGGGCUCACCCAUUUUUUUGAUUCUGUUUUCAUAGAGUGUAUGUUUUGUGGUAUGAUUUUCAUAUCAUCCAGGUUUGAUGCUGCUUAUUCUAACUGCGAAGAUUUAAUGUUUGCAGGAACUGUACAUGACUGUAUUGCUGUCUUACGUAAAAGGAGGAGUUUUUGAUGACUUGAGGAAGCUGAGGAGUUUGGACAGGACUUAAAACAUCUCUGCUGCCUCUUCAGAGAUGAAUGGUAGGGUCAGCAGGAUUAAUAAAGCAUUAUUUGGUAAUUAUCAAUAGAAGAUCCUUACUGGUUGUAUAAAUUCCUGUAUUUAUAUAUAGAAUAUAGUGUGGAAAUUGAUCUUUUUUACAAAAAGAAAAAAAUUUUCUAGUUCUUUUCUACUACUGUUGCAUUAGGUUUAAUAGCUCUGUUAAUGGUUAGCUUAUGUACUUGAAAUGCUCGUUUCUGCCAUACAGAAGCCCAGUCUGUUUCUCAGAAAUUAUAUUCCAUUUGGAAGCCAUCUGGAGACUCCUAGGAGACUAUUCCUGUAGCCAGUUGGCGCUAAUACCAAAAUUCAUAGCAACUUCUGUAGGCUUAAUAGUGAUUGCCCUCAAUAUUUUAACUGAAAAAAAUGUUUUUGAAAGGGUUUUUUUCAGCCUGUAGAAUUAAACUUAAAACAUCAUCCCCUCAUCAACUGUAAAAAAUGAAAUAUUAACACUGUUAACACUUUGGCAAACUAACAAAAUGCUGGCAAUUACAGACCUGAGAGUAUUCCUGGACAACCUGUAAGGAAUUUAGCUGCAGUGGUUAAAGACCUACACCUUCCGAGCAGUCAACACAAAAUUCAUAUAUUUACUUGGUAGAAUUAUAAACAUCUGUUUUAAAUAAUUGAAGACCUUGACUCCCAGUUGACACAAGCGCUUUUUAUAUACACUUUUUGAUGGGAUUUUGAGUUCAUAUAACCUGUUGCUUAUAUUAGCAAGGGCAGAAGAAGCUGGUUGGAUAAUUUAUGUUUAACACAGGUCACGUCUCUACUAAUGUUCUCACACUGCUUCCCAGCUCCUGUGUCUGGAUGACUUCCCAGCUGCUUGGCAAGACGAGACCCUCGCAUGUCUUCCCCCGUUUCUGUUCAGAAGAGCUGGACAGGCAGGCUAGGAAAAAGCUGUAGGAUGCUCCAGGAGAUCUAGGUUGACCAGGGCUUCAGGCUCCAAAGUCUAGCAUAGCCAUGGUGGACUAAAAUCCUUGAAGUUAUACUCCUGCAAUCCCCGCUGAAAGCUGUAUUUAGCUUGCCAUACCACUGACAAUUAACACUAGCUACUGGAAUGCCCUUGGAAAGAGAAGUGUUUUGGCUAACUCCACCAGCUGUGUAAGACUUUGAAAAUACUAGAAAUUCGGGUAGCUAUUAGUAGGACAAGUAUGCAGGUGACUAAUCUAUAUUUUAUUCUAUGGAACAAACACUUGGAAAAAUAUGUUUGUAGUACGAUUGAAAGAUUAGUGUUAGGAUUCAAAAGAUACUGAAGGUAAAAGCAGUAUGGUACAAAGUUUAAAGUAAUUUGAAUUUUUUUUUUUUCCCCAAAUUCAUUGGAAACAAUUCUUUUAGGAAGCUGUGUUUGAUCCAGGUAUAGUUAUGUUAUACUAGACCAUGUGAACUGGAAGAUGAAACCAGGAAGAAAUGAACUAAAAGUAAAUUGGGUAGUUUGUUUUCAUGAUGGACACCAUGUGAAAAGCCAAAAAUAAAAUCCCCACAGUGCCCCAAAUCCCUACUAUGAAUAUUUAAAGUGAAUUCGCAUUUUAAGUCCUACUUUUAUUAAAAUAAAGUAUUAAUUGGAUAGAAAACUUUUU